AUGCCCGACCACGAUGAUGAUCUCCUCGUUGAGGGCAACACACUAACGAAAGCCUGGCUGGCCAAGGAGCUGGAGACACAUUUUGAUGAAAAGCCGACGAUCACUGAGGUUGCCAGUCUUGGCCCUGACACCCUAGGCUACAUGUCGGCGAUGCGGCGUGUUCGUCUACACUGGGAGAAUCCGGCUGAUAAACCGCAAUCCCUAGUAAUAAAGAUGCCCAGCUUUGUGGCGGCUACGGCGGCCUGGAAAGAGUCUGCAGAGACAAAGCACGACCUGGAAGACCAAGGACAGGUUGUCAUCUCGAUGAUGCAUGAUUGUGAAGCUAGGGUGUAUGCAAUGUUGUCGAAAUAUCCCGAGUUCCGACUUUCCAUCCCCUUCGUGUACACGACGCUCCAGAUGAACACCGGGACCCCAAUUAUCGUAAUGGAAGACCUGGAACGGGGCUGCACCUAUGAUGUGGUGGAUGGAUUCUCGGAGAAGCAGCUCUAUGCCAUCGUCGACGAGCUGGUGAAGCUGCACGUGCUGAGCUUCAAGUACCGCGAGGUGGUCACGUGCGGGAUUGAUUCAGGUAACUGCGCGCCGCCCGAACAGUUUGAGGAUCUCGUCCGAGGAGUUGCUGAUCAGCUAUUGAAGCAACGCGGAGAUGAACUGGCGGCCAUCAGGAUUCUUAAAAAGCACUAUAUAGAUAUCGAUUGGUUCCAGGAACUGCUGAAGCUCACAAAAAACGGACAUACCGUACUCACGCACGGCGAUCUCUGGGCUCCACAAAUCUUGUGGAAAGGCGACAAAAUCCUAGGCAUCGUCGAUUGGGCCCUAUGCAAAGAGGGAGGUUUGACAGUUGACCUGAUGCACGUUCUCUCAAUGAGCGUCCCAGCAAAAUUACGACAUGAAAUCACGGAAAGCUUGCUCGUCUACUAUCACGAGCAGCUGAACGAGAAGUUGGAGGCGCAUGGCAUUGAUGAGAAAAUUACCAUGGAGAUGAUAAAGAAAGACUGGCACGACAAUAUGCCAUACCACGCCACGUUGGCUGUUUUUGCCGCCGGAAUGUGGAGUAAUUCACCUGUGUUAAAACGCGGCCGAGACGACGAUGAGGCUCGGAUUAACGAGAUAAUGCAGCGCUGCAAAGCGUUCGUUGAAGAGACCGUGGCAGCACAUCAAUGGGAG